AUGGAGCGCCCUGCGAAGCGGACAAAGGUCUCCGACGGGUCGAGAAAACUCGACGGGAUCGCACACAAUGGACAGUCCUCCAUAGCAUCCCUUCACAGAUCUAUCAGUCCGCCGCCCAGAUCAAAUUCUCGGCAAUCUCAGGCGCCCAUUUCAGGAAAUUCAAAGCAGCCUGGUGAGACCCAGGCACACGGCAAUAGCCUGGAUCAAGAGCCUUCACGGCCCCGUCUGCUCCCAUCGCCAUUCAAACUGACGCACAUACGAGAUCUACAUGAUGGGAAGGGUCUGAAUACGGACACAGUAAAACUGAGCGACGUCCUGGGUGAUCCAAUGAUUCGAGAAUGCUGGCAGUUCAACUAUCUUUUCGACGUUGAUUUUCUCAUGUCCCAGUUCGACGAAGAUGUUCGCCAGCUUGUCAAGGUCAAAGUCAUCCAUGGGUCUUGGAGAAGGGAAGACAGCAACCGCAUUCGAGUGGAAGAGACAUGUGCCCGUUGGCCAAAUGUCGAGCCCAUUGUAGCCUUCAUGCCUGAAGCAUUCGGAACACAUCAUUCGAAGAUGAUGAUUCUUAUCCGGCAUGAUGAUUCGGCAGAAGUGGUUAUUCACACAGCUAACAUGAUCCGUCAAGAUUGGACAAACAUGACUCAAGCCGUCUGGAGAUCCCCUGUUCUUCCACUGCGAGAUCCUAACAGCCCAGCACCAGUAGACUCAGGCCUGGGAACCGGUGUCCGCUUCAAGCGAGAUCUUUUGGCUUACUUGAAGACAUAUGGUGUAAAGAAAACGGGCCCUCUGGUAAAAGAGCUGCUUCGUUAUGACUUCGGCGCAAUCCGCGCGGCUCUCGUUGCAAGUGUUCCCUCGAAGCAAAAGAUCAAUGACCUGAACUCUGAUAGAGCAACACUCUGGGGCUGGCCGGCUCUGAAAGACCUCAUGGGCAGGAUUCCUAUCUCUCAUUCACCUCAAAACGAUGAAAAGAGCCGAUCUGAAGAGGCCCAUAUUGUUGUACAAAUAUCAUCGGUUGCUACGCUGGUGAUCGAUCUGUUGGAUGAGAAGCCUAAACGCGACGCUGGGCGAGGCCGCGCUGCGCCGCAUAUCAAAACGUAUAUUCGGUUUGCAGACUCGGACAAGCUGGAUACUAUUGACUGGGCUAUGGUCACAUCCGCCAAUCUUUCUAUUCAAGCGUGGGGUGCGGGGACUAAUCAAAGCGGCGAAGUGAGGAUCUGCAGCUAUGAAAUUGGCGUGGUGGUUUGGCCAGGACUGCUUGCUGAGGAACCCCCGACUUCAUCUGGAGCGGAUAUGUCAGAUUCUCGAAACUCGAUCAUGGUACCCUGCUUCUUGAAAGACGAGCCAGAUGCCAAGGGACACUGUUGCAGUGGUGUUACUACGGUCGUUGGCUUCCGCAUGCCCUACAAGCUUCCUUUGACUCCGUACGGUCGAUCCGACGAGCCAUGGUGUGCUACAGCCAUGCAUUCGAUUCCAGACUGGCAGGGGAGAACCUGGACGGUUUAG